AUGGCUCCAUCUGCAAGAACAAGAGCGAAGACAAAAACAACAACAAAGGCUAGAAGAACCAAUUUCAAGAAGAAGCCCGUCAACCAAAAGGGUAAGCAAGAAAUUACUCCUUCGAAUUCGCCUUCGAAUUCCUCCUCCGUGGUCUGCGAUGAUCCUCCAAAGAUCGAAGGCGGCGCAGAUGAUGUGGAGGGUCCUGAUGAUGUCUCUACAAGCGCUUGCUCCACACCAAAAGGUCAGAGAUUUCGGAUACCGGAGAUUGUGACAUGUCCACCGGCGCCCAAGAAGCAAAGAGUGAUAUCAAACUGCUUGUUUCGGAGAUCUCCCAUCGCUUUCUUUGCUCCCCCGGACUUGGAGCUCUUCUUCUACUUUGCAAAUGGCGGUAUUUCAGUUUAA